GGGCCUACCCCGCUGGGGGCUUCCAGGCCGGCGAUGGGCUUUCGGCCCAGCUAGAUCCGGGCUGAGCUGCGCUCCCUGAGGCCUCGGCGGGGUGCCCCUCCCGCCGCCCCAGGCCCGGGCCGAGGAGCCCUGCCGAGCCGCGCCAUGGAGGCCAUCUGGCUAUACCAGUUCCGGCUCAUUGUUAUCGGGGAUUCCACGGUGGGCAAGUCCUGCCUGAUCCGCCGCUUCACCGAGGGCCGCUUUGCCCAGGUUUCGGACCCCACCGUGGGAGUGGAUUUUUUCUCCCGCUUGGUGGAGAUCGAGCCGGGAAAACGCAUCAAGCUCCAGAUCUGGGAUACCGCGGGUCAAGAGAGGUUCAGAUCCAUCACUCGCGCCUACUACAGGAAUUCAGUAGGUGGUCUUCUCUUAUUUGACAUUACCAACCGCAGGUCCUUCCAGAAUGUCCAUGAGUGGUUAGAAGAGACCAAAGUACACGUUCAGCCCUACCAAAUUGUAUUUGUUCUGGUGGGUCACAAGUGUGACCUGGAUACACAGAGGCAAGUGACUCGCCAUGAGGCCGAGAAACUGGCUGCUGCAUAUGGCAUGAAGUACAUUGAAACGUCAGCCCGAGAUGCCAUUAAUGUGGAGAAAGCCUUCACAGACCUGACGAGAGACAUUUAUGAGCUGGUUAAAAGGGGCGAGAUUACAAUUCAGGAGGGCUGGGAAGGGGUGAAGAGUGGAUUUGUACCAAAUGUGGUUCACUCUUCCGAAGAGGUUGUCAAAUCAGAGAGGAGAUGUUUGUGCUAGUCCACCCUUUGAUUUCCGAAACAUGCUCUCCCACCCGAACUUAAAAGUGACUGAAACAAAUAUAAUCCUCGUGUGACUGAAGAAAGCUCAACCUCCAUUUGGAUACCAAGUGAGCCUCCUUUCCACGGGGGCUCUGACAGGCUCGUGUGCACGUGAAUGGGGAGCCUGGGUGCUGUGAUCGAGGGACUGAAUUGCUCACAUGGGCCAGGCCAGGCACUGUUUUGUGGCCCAUGCUGGACAGUGACCGCUCCAUAUGCCCCUCGUGGGCCACAUGUUAAGGCCCCGGGGUUCGGGAAAACAUACCUAUAGACAGGACAAUUGUUUCUUGGUAUUUCAGCUCAUUCAUAGGUCAUAAACAUAAAGAAAUAUGUAAAGGGAAAAAAAAAGUGUCACAUUGGGCCCUAACUAAUUAAGACUAUGAGACAAAGACUAUGGAAUCAACUUAUUCAGUGGGAAUAGCCUGUACCAAAUGUGUGUCCUGGGUUUGGUUGAAAGGUACCUCUUAUAGCUUCUAACGGCUCACCUGGAAAGUGAGGGGCAUGAACCAGCUAUUUGCGAAGGUCUGGUGUCUAGUAAAAUGAUUUGAAUAUCACAUUUGAGAAAACGUCCACCCUUGUGGUAGAGUUACCAGCCAUGUGAAUGAAAUUGUCCCAUGCCAAGUAUCAUAUUAGUAGAAGAAACACUGUAACCCAGAUGCCAUACCCUAGCUCCCCCUCGGAUCUUCCCUGGGGUUUUACUGCAUGGGUGGCUGCAAUCUGGAAGUAAACAGCCUGCCUGCUGCUUCAGGCACCUGACAGUUCCAACACACGGAUUGCCUCUGAAGAGAGCCCUGAUGCAAAUACUCGCUUGUCAAUUGUGUACUGAGUACCUGCUCAACAGGAGUCUCUGUAACCCUCACAAAUACGUUACAGUUACUUGAGCAACUUAUUUGCUCAUCAUAACAGGCCUGUGAGGUUCUUGUCCCCAUUUUACAGAAUAGUAAACUAAGAGUCAGGAGACUCACUUGGCCAAGGUCAAGGACUCCUAACUUCUAGUUCUUUUCCUUGCAUUAUCUUGUUGUCAGAUUAAUAAAUAAUUAUGAAUUUAUUUACUUUGGAAGAAAUGUGACUGUAAAUAAAUGUUCUCUACAUGUUAGGAUAUGUUUUCCUUAUUGACUGUAACUCAGCUAUAAUCCUGAUGGUACCUGGGAAUGAAUCAAAGGUAAAGCCCAUUCAGGUAUUAUUGACAAGAGAGCUUUAAACAAGUGAAUAAUUGCACAACUGAAAACACAUUAAAACUGUAUGGGCUGUAAGUGUUCUUAUCACUGAAACACAAUGGACAUUUUCUUGAAAGGAACCAAAUACAUCAAUGGGAAGUGGUGUAGGGAUAAAAUACUCACACCACAAUGACCUUGGCCACCUGUCUGCCAAAUACCUACACUGGGUUCCCAUCAAUCCUAAAGAGUCAGCUCUUAAUUCUCAGGUGAACAAACAGCAAAUUGGAAUGGCUGCCUUGAAGUUUCCAUUAUGUUCUUGAGAGGUGAUGCUUUAAACUAUUUUGGAUUGUAGCCAGUUGAGCUAGGCAAAAGCCAUACUUUUGACGGUAAAAACUAUUAUGAUUAGAGUCAGGUUUAUCAUAUCCAUUAUGAUAGGAAAGCCUAAGAAUGGAAAAUGGCUUUGAGAUAUAGUACUGAACUUUAGUAUGAAUGUGACUGAAUCUGAAAGUUUGGGAAGUUGCUUCCGCCAAAAUAAAGAAGUGAAAUAAUGAAAAUUAUGGAAAACUGUUCUGCCCCCUGUGCCCCAAGCUGAAUGAGCAAAACACCUUGGACCAAUUUGCAACAUCAACUGUAAGUGAACUGAUCAUCUCCAUAUCCAUUUUACAUGAGCUUGCUUGGGUCAGGUAACUAAAUUGCCAGAUUCAUGGUUGUAAAAGACCGCAAAUUGGGUUAACACAAAAUUUUAUCAACUACUAUACUUAAUUAUAUGUAGAAGAUUCUGAAAGUAAGAUUAUCCAGUGGAUAAAUGAGAGCUGACUAGAUUCUUGUCAGUUCAAAUAAGGAUAGAAACAAAACUUCUCUACAGUUUUCUUGACUAAAAUACAUUAUGUGUAUACUUUUCCCAUUCCUGACAUUUUUAAGGCAGGUUUAAAAAUACUCAGCAUAGAUCCAGCAGAGGUGGCUGAGCUUAACUGCUUAAACAAGGUCUAGAAACUUUAAAAAUCAUUUUUGUAGAAUUCAGUGCUGUUGUCACUGAAAUAAGUGGGUUUUAGAAAAUGUGUGAUGAAAUCAGGUGUUCAUAUAAUACUAAGGAUGAAGCUUUAGAAGCUAUUUUACUACAUAGGUGAAGAAAAGAUAACUUGUAACAAAGACCAUAAGUGCAUGUUGGAUUAGAUUGUCUCAUAUGCCAGAAUAAAAUGUACUGUAUACUUUUUCUUCACUUUGUUGUGCACUGUAGUGAAAUGUGAAAAAUGCUUUAUUUAGCUGUAUGUGAAUGAAAAUAUGCUUGUAUUUAGUAAAAUGGUUGAUUAUGUGA